UCGAUUUAGACGAUGCACUAAAAAUCUCUGCAUUUCACUCGUAAUUUAGCGCAUUCCAUCAAUGCAAAAUGUAGUCUAACAGCCAAGAUGGCGAGAUCAGAAGACGAUAUACAAACUGGUGUCUCACUUUGUGGUCUUUAUGUGGCUAAGUAGAUAUCGCAAGAUGUCAGUUCAGAUGCGAGAACUGUCUGUCGUGAGGGAGGACAGCCCAGUCAUCGAAGACUUGACAAACAAAGACGAUGAUGAAAUUAAGUCUUCUCCACCACCAUCUCCAGUUCAAACAACGUCUUUUGUGGAAACACCCGAGGGGGCUUUAGAAAUAGAAGAGGAGCAUCAGGAACCGUGGCGUCGUCUAUUGCAACCACCAGAUUAUAUCUUGAUGCAAAAUGACCUCCCGUCAACGUCGUAUGGUCUAGUUAGUGGCCGGCAAAGAUUUGGCAUAACGAAAUACUCACACCCAACUCUGUUGAAGAGUUUUGAUGCUUCUUCGGACAGUAGUAGCUGCCAUUAUCAUUGGUGUUACCGUCCUCCGAUAGGUAGCGCUGGUAGUAAUGUAUCUGAUGAUGUGUUCUCAGUGAGCCCACUAGGGGGCGGUGUCAAGAUGGUUCAGUUUGACGACUUGUAUGCGGAUAGUGAUAGCGAGACCCUCACAACGACGAAAAAGAAACGCCGAAAGUCGUCAUCAAAAUCGGAGGACAAACUUGGCUCACGAGAUAAGCUUCACAAAGAAAGGGCGAGGAACAGAAAAAACUCCACCAGUUCUGAGACUAAGAGCCGGAAGCAUUCAAGUAAUUCCGAGACAAGAAGUCGCAAGCACUCGAAUAGUUCUGAAAGUCGGGGCAGACUGUACUCGACUAGUUCAGAAACGAAGACUCGUUUGUGUUCGUCCGGGUCUGAAUGUGAUCAAACCUACCGUGAUAAGAAACGAGAUAUAGGUGGCGCUGUUCUGAGUUCUAGCAGCUCUCCAUCGAAUAGCGAAAACUGUCUCUAUGCAGAUGCAAAAAUGAAGCGGACAAUUAGCGUGAGCUCUGUGACGAGUAAACGAAAUAGCUUGGCGAUGGACAACAAUCAGAACUCUUUGCAAAGAGACGUAAAAUAUCAUGAAGCAAAAAAACUGAAACUGACUUCAAAAAGAGACGAGAUUGUUUUAGUUGACACGAUGAUGGGUAGUGACGAUUUGAAACAUUUGCAAGAAAGAGAGAAGUCUUCGUCGAAAAUAGACGGUGUGAUUUUUCUGUAUGCGUUUGUCACAUUGUUUUGUUUCCCGCUUGGUGUCGCUGCAAUUGUUUUGAGGAUUUUCUCUCGGAAGCGACGAGAAGAUGGAAACUUUGUCAAGUCGGCAAAAUAUCGUAAAGCAGCAAAGUGGUCUGCGAUCGUGGGGAUGGCGUUGAGCACGGCCAUCGGGUUAGCUGCGUUUAUGUAUUAUGUUGUUGUGCCAUUUGUUAUCACAAUAGUUACAUAUUUGUACCUGCUGUGAGUCAUAUCAUGUAAAUAGAGUAGGAUUGAAUGUAAAGGUAUCAGCCUGAGUUGGGUACUUAUACAUGUCACCCUGGUUACAUGGUUCUCUAUCUCGAAUCACAAUACUCAUCAAGCCAGAAACUGCAUUUCUUUUUAUGAAUUGAAUGACCAAAUGGUUGUAUAGUACAAUUUUAUCUCUAUCUUAAAUUGGUGAUUAAUAUUUUGUCAUCAACAUACCCACCUAUCUGUUGCUUCAGACAGUUUGUCCAAAUUUGUUUUAACUUCAGUGCUUUUUAUAUACCGUAGAGGUUGUUAAAAUCGAAUGUGUUAAACAUUUAUCCAGAGGCCGAUUUGAUUUUAGAAUAUAUGUAUCCUUGGUGUGGUGCUUUCUGGGAGAACUACCGAUUACACAUGCUACAGUCAUGAAAGUUGAAGUGUACGCCACCAAAUACAUUUUGUAUGUCAUCUUUGUGCUUAUGUUCUAGUCUUAUCAUCUGACAAUGACAUCAUUCUUUAAUCAUUACGAUCGUUGCAUCGGUAAUGUUAUUAUCAUUAUUAUGAAUUGUUUACAGUAAGUCUUGUAAUCGAUGCGACUGAAUACUUGAAAAAGUUUUACCAAAAGAUGAAGUUUUCUUUGGCAUGCCAAUAACUUCUUUUUGGGUCCAUUAGUAUUGAAUCAAUGGUUGCCAGCUGAGGUAUGUGGUGGAUGGACUACACGAAGUUUCAGGGGCUCAAGUGCACAAGUUUGUAUGGGUUACAAUUGCUGUAGUCUGAUUUAUAGGUGUAUGUGUAACACACGUCUCAACUGGCUAAAUAGCAUCGAUGCAGGAUUUGAAUUAUCAAUGUGCUUUUUGCUGCAUUUUAAAGGGGAACUAUAGGCAUGGGAUAGUCUCCCCUUUAAGAAGACAUCUCACACUAAAGAAUUAGUGGUUGGUUUUAUUUUUGCAUUUUUUGCAACUGCAUGCAUUUAUUAUCGAUACUUAGUUUAGGAAAUUCUAUUCUUGAUGGAAUGUGUGAUUACCGCAUGUGAAGUUUUUAAUGGAUUCUCCGUUUUUCUCCUAUGUUGUUUGUUGACAACGAAAUGCAUAAUCUUGCGAUCAACACGUACCAUCUUUUACUAUUACAUGUACAUACAUGAAGCAGGUGUACUACACGUUGUACCUGAUUUUGAGUCAUAAUACAUACCUCUUUGUAUCAUGCCACCGACCAGAGUAAACAAUGGACCUGGAUUGUGCAAAUUGCAGCAAGUUACUCCAAAGACAUUAUGUUUAUACUGUACAGAUACUUCAUAGCUUUAUGCUGUAUAUAAGAAAUUGCAUUUAUUACAACCAAAGGUUGCAUAUCAGACAAUUUAUAUCGAAUAAAGCAUUUAAGGUA